AUGAUCUCGAGACCACCUUCUCUGGAUGAUUUGGGAUCAGCAACUACAGAGUACAUUUCGAUGGGAAUUUCCGGCAUUAGAUUCAAUCGUAGAUGGGGUAAUCCUGAUGAUAUCGAUUUCAAACUACAAACUGUCUCACCGGGUUUACCAAUCCCUCCUUCGGCCACCGUUUCAGCUCUGAGCGAUCAGAUCGAGCUUGGAGAGUAUUAUCGAUUGAGUCUGAAUCCUACUAUUACAACUUCAUCAGGAAAUGCAUUGUUCACACUCAGUCCGAUUGAUACCGCUGAUGAUCGUACUCUGACCAAAUGGAAUCAAGGAUUGCUCUCUUCCGUUGUUUUGGAGGAGAAUAUGGUAAGAGCGAUUGGAAGACAAUACGGUUCUGAUCCAGGUGAGGGCGAAUUAAUCGAUGGUCCGAUAUUUUGUAUUCCCAAUAAACCACAAGUCCUUCCUUCCAAUGUGGCAGGAUAUCAAUUACCUAACGUCGACCAAGGAAGUGCUCAAGUGACAAUCACCUUUUCCUCGAGUAGAGGAUCUCAAGAGAUUUUCCCAACUUUCAAAUGUAUUUCCAUCGCUAAUCCCCUUGGAGAAUCUUCGAAUCCGAAUCAAUCGCGUCUAUCAGUUUGGUCUAAUGACGAAGACAACGCUUUUGAGCUGAUCCAACAGGUAUUUCCCGGAAGAAAAUUCAGGACUCAAUUAUGUUACGAUAAAUAUGGUAAUCAGUCUUACAAUGAUUUAGCUCUAGAGUUGAGAAAAGACGAUACCGAUGGAGGUCACAGACAAAACGACGAAGAUCUCAUUAGCUUAUACAACUUCGCGAUAAGUACUCAUUUCGAUAAAGCCCUUACAGAGGAUCAUCGAAUCCGGAAAGGGCAAGGGACUGGCGAAGUAACUGGUAUAGUGAAAUUCGAAAGGAGAAACGGGGGGAAGAGUAACUUUUCUCUAUAG